AAAUUUGUAAUGAACGGGGAAAGUCGGGUCCCCUCCUCUGCCACCUUCAACGGACUUGACUGACUUCAAUCAGCUACACACACACUCGCACCUUCUGCCCCUUCAUUUAUUUCUCCUCUCUCUCUCUCUCCUUCACUGGUCCAGAGACUUCUUCGCUUUCUCCCACUUUCCACUUCUCUCUCAUCGUCUUUCUUCUUCCGGUAAUGUGAUUCCCUCCUUUCUCUCUGGUUUUGGGAGCGAAGGGUUUUUUGUUUUUGUUUCUGUUUCAGAUUAAUGGCGUAUAUGUGCGCAGACAGUGGCAAUUUAAUGGCAAUUGCACAACAAGUAAUCAAGCAAAAACAACAGCAGGACCAACAGCAACACCACCUUUCACCUCUUCUUCCUUGGACUAAUUCCAAUCCUUCCCCAACAAUGGCUUCUUCUUCUUCUUCUCCUACUUUCACCUUUGGGAUUUCAGGUUCCGCCUUCUCCGACCCGUUUCAGGUCGCCGGAGCUGCUGAUUCUACCGACCAGCCUUUUCAUUUCUCGAAUUUGGAGCACCCUUCCACCGGGUUUAGAUUCUUCCCUAAUUUUGGCGGCGGUGGUGGUGGAGAGUUUGAAUCUGAUGAAUGGAUGGACAGUUUAGUCGGCGGUAGAGAUUCCACGGAUAGCUCCGAUCUUCCGUCUGGUUGUGAUGGUUAUGGUGAGUUUGGUGGUCUCUAUGGUGUGGAUCCCUUUAAUGGCUCUCAGCCGUCUCUGUUCUACCGAGAACUUCUCCCGGAAGGUUCGUACAAGACGAAUAGUGUUCUGCCCCCGUUGCCUUCAUCUCCACCACCAGUUAAGGAUGCUAAAGUAGCCAAUUCAAUGUCGGGAAGUCUGCAGAAGAAUAACGUCGUCGAAAGCUCGUCUAGUGCCCCGGAAAUCGACUCCUCUUCGCCGCCGCUUCUGAAAGUCUUGCUCGAUUGUGCGCGGCUCUGCGACUCCGAACCUGACCGAGCAGUAAAAACUCUUAAUCGGAUCAGUAAGUCGUUACGAGAACAUGGAGAUCCUAUUGAACGAGUUGCGUUUCACUUCGGUGAGGCUCUUCGGAGCAGAUUAUCUCCGACGGCAAUGAAGAACUGCUUGGUUACAACUGAUAGCGACGCUAAUUCCGAAGAUUUCUUGCUCUCUUACAAAGCUUUGAACGAUGCCUGUCCUUACUCGAAGUUCGCACAUCUCACGGCCAACCAAGCGAUUCUGGAAGCUACACAAACAGCCAGUAAAAUACACAUUGUCGACUUCGGAAUCGUUCAGGGUGUUCAAUGGGCUGCGCUUCUGCAGGCUUUAGCCACACGAGCCACCGGAAAGCCUAUCAAAGUUCGUAUCUCCGGAAUACCCGCACCAUCUCUCGGAGAUUCACCGGCGGCAUCUCUAUGCGCCACUGGCAACAGACUCUCCGAGUUUGCAAAGCUUCUGGAACUGAAUUUUGAGUUCGAACCGAUUCUAACGCCGAUUGAGGACCUAAACGAAUCGAGCUUCCGCGUUCAAUCGGAUGAGGUGUUGGCCGUGAAUUUCAUGCUUCAAUUAUACAAUCUCCUCGACGAAGUUCCGACUGUAGUUCAUAAUGCUCUCUUAUUAGCGAAAUCGCUGAGCCCUAAAAUAUUGACUCUCGGCGAGUACGAGGCGAGCUUGAACAGAGUCGAAUUCUACAAUCGCUUCAAGAACGCAUUAAAAUUCUACUCCGCCAUUUUCGAAUCGCUAGAGCCGAAUUUGCCGCGAGACUCUCCAGAAAGACACCAGUUAGAAAAACAGUUACUCGGCCGUCGAAUCGCUGACAUAGUUGGAUCUGAAGAAGAAUCAGGAAGCAAGAGAAGAGUACGCAUGGAAGCCAAAGAACAAUGGAAGAAUUUACUGGAAAGCUCCGGAUUCAAACCUGUAGCACUCAGCCAUUACGCCAUUAGUCAGGCGAAAAUACUUUUAUGGAACUACAAUUACAGUUCUCUUUACACACUGAUCGAAUCGACGCCAGAGUUUCUGUCUCUGGCAUGGAACGACGUUCCUCUCUUAACUGUAUCUUCUUGGCGUUGAUCGAUCGUCUUCUUUCCUUUCUUCUUCGUUGUUGGUGAUAACCAGUUUCGAUCAGCCAGGUCUUUUUCACUGGUAUGGUAUGGGACUGAAAACAAAAGCGAAAACAAAUAUCAAAUUGCAGUAUGGAUGAUGCCAUUGCCAGAAAUUUCAAAAGCUCGUGUUCAAAAUCUGAAAAGGAAAACAGUGGCUCUUCAGUCUUUGAUUCAAACCCUAAUUUGUCGCAGGCAGAAGGAUUAUUCAGUGGCCGCCAUUGCCGACCUUUGGAGUAACCCAUUUUCGGUUCUGAGAUUUCGUUCUUAACUCCCUCUCUAAGUUUCGGCGUUAAUUAGACCAAUAUUGUAAUUAUC